AAUAUUGUGUACCGCUCUUGACAAAUGCUGUGCCAGAAAUUUGACAAGAAAGGAGCUGCGAUCCAAGUGGAAUGCUCGAUUGAUGAGAAACGGCGUGAAGGCUAUUCUAUAUGUGUUUAAACAAUAAGGCGGGAAAAAUCCCAAAGAGGCUCUUUUCUUUUUCUUUGGAUGCCAUGCUACCAUGGAUACAAAUGCCUGUGCACAACUAAUAAGGUCUUGUGAGUCCCUGGCACAGGCAAGAGCCAUCCAUGCUUAUAUUUCAAAGAGCCUGCAUGCUGCCAGUGACAACUACAGAUACCUCUCCAAUUUGUUGGUCCAAAUGUAUGGAAGGUGUGGAAGUGUCGAAAGCGCCAGAGGCGUCUUUAACGAGAUCGUCAACAAGAAUUCAUACUCCUGGGUGCUGAUGAUCUCCGCACUUGCCGCAAAUGGGCAUUUUGAAGAGACCAAAAGGUCUCUCAAUGCAAUGCCUCAGCAAAACCUUUUCGCAUGGAACACUAUUUUAGUCGCUUAUGCGCAAAACGAUCAUUUGGAAGAGGCUAAAGCUGUUUUUUUUGAGAUGCCCCUGCAGAAUCUUAUUUCAUGGACUGCCAUGCUCGAAGCAUAUGCCGGAUCUGGGCAUUUGCUGAACGCAAGAAACCUCUUUCACUCCAUGCCGGAAAGAGAUCUCGUUUCAUUGACUGUUAUUAUAAGUUUACUCGGUCAGAAAGGCCAUGCGGAAGAAGCAAAAUUUUUAUACGACGAGACCCCUUUGCAAGACUUCGUGUCAAGAACAGCUAUGCUUGGAGCAUAUGCCCAGAACGGGCAUCUGGAAGCAACAAAGAGAAUGUUUGACACAGCUCCGGAGUGGAACUUGGUCUCUUGGAAUGCACUGCUCACGGCAUAUAUCCACAAGAAGAGACUCGAGGAUGCAAAGUGUUUCUUCGAUAGCAGCCCGGAGAAGAACAUGGUAACUUGGACAGCCAUGCUGGUGGCUUACUCGGAGAACGACCACCUGGAGCUCGCCAAGAACAUCUUCGACGGGAUGCCCGAGAGGAGCACCGUGUCUUGGACAGCGAUGGUGUCCGCCUAUGCCCAGGCUUGGUAUAUGGACGACGCAAAGUUCCUGUUUGUGGAGAUGCCGGAGCACAACUCCGUGUCCUGGAACGUGCUGCUCACGUCGUUUGCUCGCAACGGGCUGCUAGGAGAGUGCCGGAGAGUCUUCGAUUCGUCUCCACAGCACUGGCAGGACACGGCGCUGUGGAACGCGAUGAUGACGACGUAUGCCCAAAACGGGCACUCGGAGGAGUGCAUGGAGCUCUUCAAGGUCAUGGAAGUUGAGGGCGUGAUGCCCAACGAGACCUCUUUCACUUGCGCGCUGCUUGGCUGCAGCCAUCUUGGAGAUUUAGAAGCUGGCCUGGAGUUUUUUGUGUCCAUGACUGGUGACCAUGAUCUAAGACCGAACAAGCACCACUUUAGCUGUAUGAUCGACAUACUCGCCCGAUCUGGGCAUCUGGAAAACGCUCGAGAGCUUGCCUGGAGUAUGCCGUUUGUCCCUGAGGCUAUGGACUGGAACUGCUUGCUUCUGGCCUCGAAGAGUCACAGUGGAACGAGUAAAGCAGCUAGAUACGCUCUCGAGGCGCUCGACUCCAUACGUGAUGCUAUCCACAACAAUGCGAAUGAGAAGAUGAAGGAGAAGCUGCACAAACCAACGUUUUGA